UCUAUAGUGGAAAAACAAAUCGAUUCGUAGUCGCGCCAGUUGUUAAAAACGCUGCUAUAUUGUCGAAGCCCAAACAUAAUAAUAUUGUUUGAAUACUGCCUUCCACUAAACUUUAGUCUCUGCGUAGCCCGCGCAGAUUUGAGUGUAGCAUUACAAAACAUACGUCGUGCCGGCAGACCUGAGAAAGUUGUGAAAUCACUCUGAUUGUUCGUUUAUGUAAAAUAUAUUGUUUUUGCGAGUGGCGCGGAUUUAGACCAAAGCAUUAAGAUGACGACGACAAAACCGAAGUCGGAAAUGAGCCCUGAAGAGUUGGCCAAAAGAGAAGAGGAAGAGUUUCAAACAGGGCCACUGUCUGUGCUUACCCAGUCAGUCAAAAAUAACACUCAGGUUCUUAUAAACUGUCGAAACAACAAGAAACUUCUCGGAAGAGUCAAGGCGUUUGACAGGCACUGUAAUAUGGUUUUGGAAAACGUUAAGGAAAUGUGGACCGAGACGCCACGGAGUGCAAAAGGACGCAGGGGUCAGCCUGUGAAUAAGGACCGUUUCAUUCCGAAGAUGUUCCUACGUGGUGAUUCAGUUAUAAUCGUCUUGAGAAAUCCGUUGCAGGCAGCUAAGUAGGAUAAUAAGUGAGAACAAUUUAAGGUACUUCUGGGCUUCUCAUAAAGAACUUGCUCAGUGGGAACUGCUGUUGUCAGGAACAACUUGUGUUGCCUUCUAAAUAAAGGCGUCCCCUGUAUAUUUAUAUCAAAUACUAAAUAAAUUGGAUAUGCUGUU